UUUCUAAAAAGAAAACAGAGCAACCGCGUCACACAGAUAAGACCAUUAUUUGUUCUGUACUUUGCGCUUUUGCAGAAACAAUAAUAUAAUAAUAUAUUCAAAUGUUUAUUUAUAAGCAUUCACAUGUCGAAAAGAAAACCAAAGACAUAAGCAGCAGCAACCCAAAAAAAAAAAAAAAAAAAAAAAAGCCUGAAACGCAAGAAACCCGAACCCAACACACAAACCCAUAAUAGCUCAUAAACAUUACUCUCUCUCUCUACACAAUAAUAAAUGCAUUGUGAUUCCGAGUCCUAAACCCAGUUCACAUUUUCUUUUCUUUCUCCUCCCAGGAAAAGCUGCUGCAUCUUUCUCUUGAUCUCUCAUUUCUUUCUAAAUAAAUCCUCUGAGGAGGAGUUGGAGUGUGAGCGAAAAUGCCGUUCUCUUCGCUCGAUCCGUACUCGGGCGGCGACUCGGACGAGCUGGGCAGCCGCGGCCAUGAUUUCGACGAGAGUGAGGAGGGGGCGGAGGAGCCCGUGCGGCGGAUCCAGCCGCGGAGUUCGGGGAGCAAGAGAAGCCGAGCUGCCGAGGUUCACAAUUUGUCCGAGAAGAGGAGGAGGAGUCGGAUCAAUGAGAAGAUGAAGGCCUUGCAGAAUCUCAUACCCAACUCUAACAAGACAGAUAAGGCGUCGAUGCUUGAUGAAGCCAUCGAGUACCUCAAGCAGCUACAGCUCCAAGUGCAGAUGUUGACAAUGAGAAACAGUUUACAUCUGCACCCAAUGUACUUAUCCGGAGUUCUACCACCUCUGCAAGCUUCUGAGAUGUGUAUGGGCCUUGUCGCUGACAAUAGCACAGGAAUGAGCAUAGGAAUGGGCAUACUUUCCUUGAACCAGGAUUCAGCUGCUCACCAUUCUCUCGAUCAAUUGAAUCACUGUGCACCCUCCAAUCAACCUGCUCUCUUAACCAGUGCGACGAGUAUAACCAUUCCGGAAUGCUCAUUCCAAAUCGAGUCGUCACAAUCCCAAAUUGGACCAUUCCAGUUGCCUUCUGUUACUGCUGAGGCGCUCUUCACAGAGGACAUAUUGCCGAAGCAUCAAUUAGCUUCUGGGCGAGUCGCAGCGAGCCUUCAAGAUGAGAUGAAGCCCAAAAGAGUUGCUGCUACCUCUCGUCACUUUGCUGCGCAAGCAUCUUCACCAGCGGACAUCGAUCAUUUGCAAAGCUGCAUGGGGAGAGGAGAAAAGCUCGUAAAUAUAAACAUGAUAGCUAAUGAUCCACAAGGCCAUAUUUUCGUUCAGCAUUUGCAACGGUUAGAGAGCGGAAGAGCUCCGGAUGCCGAUGCGAAGGCGGAGUAGGAACUAUACUGAAGACUUUUGAAUGCAUCUCUAGUUAACUAUAGUUUAGGUUAAUCAUGACGCUCGACUUUACUAAUCUUGUUUGGUUGAUCUGUUGAGACACUAAAUGUUUGUGUUAAAAGUUUAUCAAGACAUUAGACUUGUAUCUUGUUCUCACAUCGUUUUCCGCCGCUAUAAAACAAGUUGUAUUCUGUUGGUUACAAUGUCUCAUGUAUAAAAAGAAAAAGAAAAAAGUUAUCUAAUGAAAA